AUGAUUGUUUUUACUGUAAUAUCGGGUGCGAAAAACGAAGAUCCUUUAUGUUAUCUUGUGGAGAUAGACGACGAAGUACGAAUAAUGCUAGAUUGUGGUUGGAACGAUGAAUUUAAUGUCGAAGACUUGAAAAAUCUGAGAAGAGUCGCGAAACAAGUGGACGUACUUCUACUUUCACAUCCUGAUUUACAGCAUUUAGGAGCAUAUCCAUAUGCUUACGGACAUUUUGGUCUUGCAUGUCCCGUGUAUGCCACAUUACCUGUUUUAAAUAUGGGGAAAAUGUGUUUGUAUGAUGUUUUUCAAUCAAAAAUAAAUGAAUCAGAAUUUGAUACCUUUGAUUUAAAUACUGUUGAUACUGCAUUUGACCAAAUUCAUACGUUGAAAUAUUCACAGCCCAUUUCAUUAGGAGUCAAAUUCAAGGGUAUUACGAUUACAGCAUAUGCAGCAGGGCACGCAAUAGGUGGCACAAUAUGGAAGAUAAAAAAGGAUGCAGAAGAGAUUGUGUACGCUGUUGAUUAUAAUCACAAGAAGGAAAGGCAUCUUGAUGGUACUGUCUUACAUAAAGAUGGUGUAGUUCUUGAUGCUUUGAGUCGACCUACUUUAAUGAUAACAGACGCGUACAAUUCUCUUAUAGUUCAUCCUGCAAGGAAACUUCGUGAUACUGCUUUAUUUGAAACAAUCAUGACAACGUUACAAGAUAGUGGAUCAGUGUUAUUACCAACGGAUUCAUCUGCAAGAGUUUUAGAAUUGGCAUAUUUGUUAGAUCAACAUUGGGCAUUUCAUCAAGUUUCAUAUCCUUUGAUAUUCUUAAGUCAUCAAAGUUAUAAUACAAUAAAGUAUGCAAAAAGUAUGUUGGAAUGGAUGAGUGAUGCUAUCAAUAGACAAUUUGAUAACAAAAGAGAAAAUCCUUUUGAAUUUAGGUACCUUCGAUUAUGCACGCGUUACAAAGAAUUAUCAAAAUAUCCAGGACCUAAAGUUGUUAUAGCAAGUAAUGUUAGCUUAGAAACAGGAUAUGCUAGAGAUCUAUUUUUAGAAUGGGGAACAUCACCCGAUAAUGCUGUUAUAUUAACUGAUCGAGGCCCACCAUAUUCUUUGGCAAGAAAAUUAUAUUACGAAUGGGAGAAACGAAGUGAUGAGGACACUAACAAUUCAGGACCCAUAAGGAAAAAGGUUCCAUUAGAAGGUCAAGAGCUUAUAGAUUAUAUAAGCGAACAACGUAAAAAGCAAGAGCGUGAAGCAGCACAAGCGGCUCUUAUUGCUAAAUCACGUUCCAUAAUUGAGGAAGAUGAAACUGAUGGAUCAGAAAGUGAACUUGGUGAUAAUGAUAUAGAAGAAUUACUUUCCACACAAUUUGAUCUUUAUGUUAGAGAUGCAACUAAGCUUGGAGGUUUUUUUAAACAAACCCAAAGCUAUUUAAUGUUUCCAUAUAUCGAAAAGAGGAAAAGAUAUGAUGAGUACGGUGAACUCAUCCAAGCAGAUCAAUUUAAAAACAAAGGAAUUGAAGGAUUAGGACUCAUGAUUGAUGGUGAGAAUGGUGAUAGAAUGGAAGGUGAUAGCGAUGAUGAUUCUGAUAAAGCAGAUCAAUCGAAUGUUGAUGUACCGACAAAAUAUGUAUAUUAUGAUGAAGAAAUACACUUUCAGUGUCAAUUAAGAUUUAUUGAUUUAGAAGGUACAAAUGAUGGCCGAUCGUUGAAAACAAUUGUGCCUCAAGUUCAACCGAGAAAAUUGAUAGUUGUCCACGCUUCAUCUGAAGCAACUCAUGAUUUUACUUCGAAUUGUUUGGCUCUCCAUUCCAUGACACGUGACAUAUAUACGCCCGACGUUGGUGAAUUAUUGAAUGUUUCUGAGGCCAUAAAUUUCUAUCAAGUUAAAUUAACUGAUUCAUUGGUUAGCUCAUUAAGGCUUUCAAAGUUGGAAGAUUACGAUAUUUCAUUUAUAUCUGGAAAAAUACAUCUUCCCCCGGACUCGUCAUUUCCCAUACUUGAUGUAAUGCCAAUUGAAGAGUAUGCAGCCAGUGAUAAUCCCGUAUUCGUAGGUGAAAUUAAACUUACAGAAUUGAAACGGGUAAUUCAAUCGGAAGGAAUUACUGCGGAAUUUAAAGGUGAAGGUGUUUUGGUUUGUAAUGAAAAAGUAGCCAUUAGGAAAGUGAGUAGUAAUAACUUAAUUUUUAUCGACGUGUACAUCUUCAAUUGA